CCAGCGCCUACCCCACAAACCCCUCCUGGGUUCGAAGUCCUAACACCGUCUGGUCAACCAAUCUCCAACUUGAUGUUCAAAAACUUGCCGAUACUGGGCUUUCAGGAAAUGCAACAAGUUAAUCAAUCCAUGGAUGUUCUUGACGCUGGACAAUUUGCUCUGCCAUGGAACGCCAUCGGAUAUAACUUCAAUAGCUCUAUGGAGUAUAUCAUCGGGUCACUCCUCCCAACCUCAGAGUUUCUAAGUAGUACCACAGCAGAGGACUUCCCGGUUUCGAACCAAGGAAAUGUCACGAAUCCCGAAUUACUAAACAUCGCUGUCUUCUUAGCUUCAAAUAACUUCCCCGCUGGAGCUAAUGGCAAGGAUGUCUACAAAUGGCUCAAGGCUCACAAGAAGAUCCCAAUUUUAGAUGCACUUGCCUCAAUUAAGACCCCAAGCGCUGAAGCCACCCUUGAAAGCCUUUUACCAUUUGCUGUCGAGGCGAAAGAUAUCCCGAUGUUACAACAACUACUUCGAGCUGGAGUGAACCCCAACGGUCAAAGCUGCCGUCACAACAGGAUCCCCGAAAUUCUGACCCCAUUGCAGUUUGCUUGCAUCAUCAGACACACUGAAAUGGCGCAAAUAUUGACAGAAGCAGGUGCUGACAUCGACAAUCCUGGUUCCGGGUGGAAGAGUAGCGGGAUCCUUUUCGCCAUUAUAGCGUAUUAUCUUAUCCCGAAUUCUGGAUCGAGAUACAUUGUCACUCCUUUUCCAUCAUAUGGCAUGCACGAUUCGAGACUUAUUGCUGGUGACCAGACAGCUGACGUCUGGCUUUCAGACAGAGGUUCUGGCUGUGUAGAUCUUGUCCAAGUCUUGCUAGAUGCAAGCGCUAAUGUGAAUCCCUCAGUUGAAUAUUCACCAUCUUCAAACAAGGAUUGGAAAAUUAACCGAUUUCUCGAAGAUGGACAUUCACCAUUAUCGGCUGCUGCAAAGUAUCGAGACCACGGUCUUGUGAAGCUUCUCGUGCAACACCAUGCCAAUGUCAAGUUCAUCACAUCUCGAGGAACGGGUAUCCUGCAGGAAUGUUUGUAUAGCUGGGAUCAGGCAGAUUGCGACUUUAGCAGCUAUAGGGAGCCUCGGUCAGUGCUUGAUCGAUCUUUCACUUUUGAUGGCGACCAAGAUGUAUCACGAAUCGCUCCAGUUGUGCAGACACUUCUAAGUGCGGGCGCAGAUGCACCACAGAGGAGUUAUUAUCCUUUUUAUUUUCGGUGUCCAGUCAAAUUCGCAUGCUCCAACUGCAGCGAAUCUACCAAUUCUAUGGGCACUUUUCUCUCGACUUUGGAUCUCGCUGUCCUUUCAGGAGUUCCAGAUUUAGUUUCCAUGUUCCUCAACACGGGAGCUCUACCGACUCAGCACACGCUCGAAGUAGCUCAGAAGGUCAAUUGUCCACUAGAUGUUUUGUCUCUUUUGCACACUCCUAAGCCUGAGCAGUCUGAGCUUAAGAUUGUGGACACUAUAAUUAAGUCGGCGCUACGAACUGGCGACGUCUCCAUAAUAACGACACUGCCGCUUGACCCCGAUGCAUUCUAUAACAGAUUAUCCUCUAAUGGUUGGGAUUUCCGAGAAGCGAUUGAGCUCGCUUGCCAAUUUGCGUCUCAUAUAGGGGUCCUUCGCCAAGUAUUGGAUGAAGCCUUUGUCUUUCGUCAACCCAUUAUCGCUUCGCUUGGUUGCUCAAUAUACUAUAAGUUACUGUCAGAGCACGAGAAAGUCAAGGAAGUUGUAGAGAUCCUGUUAUAUGCUGGAGCGGAUAUCAAUGCUGCUCCAGAAGGUUGCAGCACUCCUCUCUCGAUCGCAAGACAGAAUGGGGACGAAGCACUUGUUGAGUUACUUUUAGAAGCUGGAGCAGCUCCAGGCUCUGACAGUUUGCUCCACAAUGAUAGGGUGAUUAGCGGUUCCGAGGGUCUUCGAAAAUUAAUUCGUGCUAUCGAACGGGGAGACAUGUCCACUGUUCGGUCUAUGAUUGAGGCUGGUGUGGAUAUAAACAAGGUUGGCUUUUCGGAAUGUCGGGGAACUUGUGAUGAACGUGGAUCCCCAUACCGUGGGGGACCACUCGCCAUAGCUAUUAUCAAGCAAAACGAAUACUGUUUUCGUUACCUCAUCUCGAGAGGUGCCAAGUUAAAUGUUGAUCCUGACGACUGGCGAACACUAACGCCGCUGGCGGCUGCUAUAAUCAUCCAAGAUGAGAAGCUUAUCCAGGAACUGCUUGAUCUUGGAGCGAACCUGUUCGAUCCAUAUGCUUUGGAGGCCUCAGUUGGCAAUCCAAGGCUCUUCCAACUCCUUACUGCGCAGAUAGGGCUCAAUUUAGCUAGAAGAUCUUCGUAGGCACGUCCGGCAUUCGAUAAAGCGACCAGGCACGGCCAUAUCGCAGUGGUUGAGACAAUUGUUCAAAACCAUAUGGUCGAGAUGGAUGUGUACCACGAUAAGUGUAAAGUGCUUUAUCUGGCUUUGAUAUAUGACUCUACUCCUAACCUUGCGAUUAUGCGCUUUCUCCUUGGUCAUGGAGCUGAUCCA